AUGGCCAUUUCCGAUUCACCGCAAUGCGAUUCAGUAUGAUCCAUCGAUCAUUUCUUGAUGAAGUUUAGUUACGGCAAUACGUAGUCGGGUGGUGGCGUUCGGGAAUCAUAAGUUGGUUGUGGGUCUGGUCAAACACCGUAGCGCAAACAACGGCUACGCUUGAGCUUGUCGCAUUAAGCUUUGAUCGACGUCACUGUUGGCCUACUCGUAUGAUCCCGUAUUAAGAAGAGAUCUCUUGCAUCAUUAUGGCUACCAAUUCAUCUGUAGGAGCAAGGCUUUUAGUCGCGCAAAUCGAUGAACUUGCAAAGGAACCAUCGCGUGUCUGGGCGUCGGUCCCAGUUGACGACAAAGACCUAGCGAAAGGUUUCCGAGAUGUCACCUAUAGUGAAUUUGCGAACUCUAUCAAUCGUACAGCGCUGUGGUUGAAACACCAUUUACCGGAGCCAACACAGCCAUUCGAAACAAUAGCGUACAGUGGACCUAAAGAUAUCCGAUACCCCAUCAUUGCUGUAGCUGCCGCUAAGCUCGGAAGAAAGCUACUUCUUCCUUCACCAUUUGCAGCCAUUGAUGCUCAAGCACAUCUUGUGCAAGCAUCAGCAUGUCGAGUAUUCCUGCAUGGCAAGCCACUCGCCGGCAUCAUAGGACAGGUGCUUUCGAAGACUACGAAUAAUACUGUCUCUGCUCUUGAGAUUCCUGAGGUGUUCGAGUUGCUCAAAGACGAACCACCUCCACCCGUUUCAUUUACCAAGACCUGGGAGCAAGCUCAAAAUGACCCAUGGCUCAUCUUUCAUACCUCUGGGACGACUGGACUUCCCAAGUUGGUAACCUAUUCGCACAAAAUGAUGGCUUCCUUGGAUGCAGCAGAGUUGAUGCCAGAUGCUUCUGAUGAGACCAUGAACAACCAUUUCCGGAACAGGCGUUGGUACACGCCCCUUCCAUCUCUUCACUUCGUUGGUAUGACCGUGUCUUUACAAUUUCCAGUCUUUCUGGGUGGUGUUGUUGUUAUCGGACCGCCCGGUGCUGGUCCAACAACGCCUAAUGUAGCGGAAGAGGUUAUCAAGAGAGCCAACGCCCAGGGUGUAAUGCUUCCACCUGCUCUUAUUGAUGGGCUGUGUGAAACUCCUGCAGGCUUGGAGUCUCUGCGGCAACUAGACUAUAUUUAUUUUGCUGGGGCACCAAUGUUGCGUCCGACUGCCGAGAAGCUGCUUCCAUAUGUUCCUGUCAAGCCUGGGAUGGGCUCCACCGAAGCCGGAGCAUACUUCCUUCGUAUCUCAGGAGACGAGGACUGGGAAUACUGCACACCCAGACCAGGCAUGGGUCUUGAAUUCCAACAUAGAACUGGUGAUCUUUAUGAGGCAGUAUUUGUGCGCCAUCCUGAAGUAGAACGGUGGCAGCAGGUAUUUCACCUCUACCCUGAUCUGCAGGAGUUCCCCACGCACGAUAUUUACACCCAGCACCCCUCCAAAAAGGAUAUGUGGAAAUAUGUAGGGCGCACAGAUGAUAUGGUUCCAUUUUCUCAUGGGGAGAAGCUUUACGUAGCCAACAUCGAGGCAGAGAUCGCCGCUGCCGAUUCGGACAUCUCGGCCGUUCUGAUCGGGGGACAAGGGCGGCCGAAACCAUUCGUGUUGGUAGAAUGGAAGGGAAGUAUGUCGGACAAGAGUAUUCAACCACAGAAACUGCAACCAAUCCUGGACAAGGUUAACGAACGGUUAUCUGACCUGGUUAAGUUGCGUUCGAAGCUUGUCAUAUUUGCGGAUUCCUCAAAACCGCUGGUACGAACAAUCAAAGGCUCAGUGUCAAGAAAAGAAAGCGAAAAGUUGUACCAAGAUGAGAUUAACAAUCUCUAUCACUCUUAAAGGUAGUCUUACCAACAAGCAAUAAAAUAAUUACAUAUCCGAG